CUCGCUUCUCUUUGUGUUACGACUAACGUUAACUCGAUUUACGGUUACGUACCAAAGUGUUAUGACUUACGUAAAUUGUUUACAGCUUAACGCGUUAAAAUGAGUGUUGUAGCUAUUAUUAACCCGUAAAUUAUUAUCAUUUUACAUUAUUAAAAGUAUUUACGACGUUGGUUACUACAAGUUUAAGAUAAACUCCUUUAUUAUCAAGAUGCAGUGAAACAAGUGUGAUGAUAAUGAAGGAAUGUGAUUUAACGCUGGUUAUCUUAUUCGUCAUCACCGUCCUCAUUCCAGGUCAGCUGUGUCUACGAGAUGUCUCUUUGAGAGUCCCAGAAGCUGUCAGGGUUGGUGACAGUCUGGCAUUGACUUGUGACUUCAGCCUGGAGCAAGAAAAUCUCUACUCAGUCAAGUUCUACCAGGGAGACACAGAGUUCUACAGGUACUUGCCGGGAGAGACUCCGCCCACCAGGGUCUUCGCCCUAGACGGUGUCCGCGUCGACAUCUCCAGAUCCAACAGUUCCACGGUUACCCUGGGAGAUGUACACAGAGACAUGACGGGGUAUUACAAGUGCGAAGUGUCAGCCGAUGCGCCUCUCUUCCACACAGGAAUCAAGUCUGCCUACGUCACUGUUGUAGAAGAGCCUUGGUCAGUGCCCGUCCUAACAGCUGAGAAGUCAAAGUACAGUCUCGGAGAGAAGAUACGAGCUAACUGUACGUCUCAAGGAGGUUAUCCCUUAGCCAACCUGACGUGGUAUAUCAACGGACAACAGGUGAAGCACUCAACCUACCCUUCUGUACUUGUACAACAAGAAGUGACGCCCGGUGCGAGGCUAGACGACCCGGACACCUCGGUAUUGAGGCUAGAGGUAGACGCUUCCCUCUCCCUGUUCCAAGACGGUAGACUGAGUCUGCGCUGUCUGUCGACGCAGUACACCCUCUACAGGCGCAGCGCGGAGUUGGAUAUACACGAGGACACUCCACAACUCGCCCCUGUGCUGGGGCCGACUGUACCCCACACACAAGAGUCAAGUGGAGCCUCGAAUACGUGUAGUGAGAUCCCCUUCACGUUUCCCUUCUUUAUUAUAAUAGCUCAAUUGCUUCAAACAGUCUAUACUUCAGUUUCCAGGUAGCCUAAGAAACGAACGAAAUACAGCGACAAAUUGUGAUAAUAACACUUGCGUGAUAUAAAGAAGCAUUAAAGUUAAAGUUUUGAAAUGUAUGAUUUUUGCAAGUAUAAACGGUUUAAAUUGAAAGAUUGUUGAUUAAAGAUUACCAGCUUUUGUAUUUUCCAGGAUCGUUCCAAUAUUUGUAAUCGGUUGUGAAUAUUUGUAGAGCUAGCAGUAGAUCGCAAUAACGCAAUAAAACUAAAUAUGUGUAUCAUAGUAAAUUUAAUAACGUAGAAAGAGCUUAAACGUUUUAUUAAAGCUGCUGUAAUUGUUUGUAUUGAAAUCGAUAUUUAGAAUGUACAAUACGUCCAUUUAAAUUUGUCAUAAAUAAUCAUCCAUUUCAACUUUAUUCAACGUUCAAUAUUGUAGGUAUUAAGCGAAAACUAAGUUGGGUCUAGAAGGUGGUUGUAAAUUUAAAAAAUAUAAAACUCUUAUUUUAAUUUUUAUGUUACUUUUUCCUCAAAAUUUUACCUCUGAGUCAAAAUCCAUCCUUUGUAAGAUUUUAUUUUUGAUAAAACCCCCGAGCUGUUUUUGACAAAAGAAAUUGUAUGUAUAUUGUUGUACUAUUUAUUUGUUUUUAAUUACUAAAAUAUAAUUUUACUAUUGUAGCAAGAGCAUUAUUGAAUUUUGAAACCAAACCUGAGACAUUCUGGUGUUUUGUAAGC